AUCUCCAAAAACCCACCUCAAAUCUACCAGUUUUUCUUUCAAAUUUAGCAAACCACUAACUUACCGUACAUAUACUCCACAUCUGAAAUUUUGACGAUCAGUUCUUCAACUUACAAGCUUUUGCUUUAUCCCCAUUUUUUUUUUCCAGGAACCAAAAUCCAUGGAAAAUUUAAUGGCAUAUUCAUGUCUAAAUGUAGUGUUUAUAUUAUCUCUGUUAAUACUUUCAGAUUUUAGAGUAAAUGGGCAAAUUAACACACCAUGUUCAAGUUCAAUGAUAAGCAGCUUUACUCCAUGCUUUAGUUACUUGACUGGAAGCAGUGGCACUGGAUCUUCACCAACAGCAGAAUGCUGCGAUUCACUGAAAAAUCUCAUGAGUGAUAGCAUGGAUUGUACAUGCCUAAUUGUAACUGGGAAUGUUCCAGUCUCAAUACCAUUCAUCAGUAGGCCUUUGGCCAUUUCGCUCCCCAGAAUGUGUAAAAGUUCCGUGCCAUUACAGUGCAAGGCCACCGGCGUUGCCUUACCUCCUUCAGGUCCUGCCUUAUUUACGCCAACUGAAGCACCUGUUUCUCAUGCUCCUCGUGCUCAUAGUCCAAAAGCUUCCAAAGCGGCUGCAGCAGCGGUGGCACCUUCACCAGCUGAAACACCACUUGAUAUUAUACCGGCAGCUCCACCGGAAGUUUCAUUAGCUCCAACAGAAAAUCCGGGGAUCAGACCAGUUCUCAAUCCCGACUCAGCUUCAAAUCCACCUAUUGUUUCAUCGUCAUCUCUUCUGCUUAUGCUAGUAGGGAUCAUGGUCCUAAAGUUAUUCUGAUCUUCUUGUGUUGUCUUUUGCCCUUUUUGUGGACUGGAAUCCAUCGUAAGAACUGUAAGCUUUAUAAAGGAAACGAAUACAUAUUUCUCUUGUAAUAAAAAUGUUUGGAUUUAUUUUUAAA